UUUUGAAAGAGAAACAAAACAAAUAGGGAAGUUUGUUAGAUAAAACACAGUUACUUAUGAUACAUAGGCAUGUAGAAGACAACUUCAUACUUGAUGAGCACCCUUUAUAAGGCAUACCCUUUGAGGCUCUUACAUUACCAAAUCCUCUCCUUCUCUAAUUUUUGAGCUAAGAAAUCCUGAAAUGGCCAACAUCAAAACAACAUUUGUCUUGGCAAUACUCUGUGUCAUCUUAAUUCACGAGCUCAAGAUCAAUGCAGAAGAUGAAAAAAUAGAUUGCGGAUCCAAGUGUAAUUAUAGGUGCAGCAAGGCAUCAAGGCACAAGAUGUGCAUCAGGGCAUGCAAUACAUGCUGCGAGAGGUGCAAUUGUGUCCCGCCCGGAACUGCCGGCAACGAAGAUGUCUGCCCUUGUUAUGCCAACAUGACCACCCAUGGAGGCAGGCAUAAAUGCCCUUAAUUUUACCUAUACUAAAUAAUUUAAUAAGACCCAUAAAACUACUAGAAGCAUUAUAGUUGUAUGUAUGGUUUGAGUUUUAUUUACAUGAUAGUGAAGUACCAAUUGAAAAUCUUAUAAUUAAAGAGAUCAUUUAUGUUUCUAUUCAACAA